GAGGGCAGCAGGAAGGGCAGGAAGGGCAGCAGCAGGGGCAGGGGAAGCAGCAGGAGGAAGGGGUGAAAGCAGCAGCAGGGGGUGCAGCUGCAGCUGCUGCAUCUGAGUCUUUGGAGUUCAUCAGCAUGAUGCAGCAGCAGGGGGAGGGGGAGGGGGAUGAGGGGUGCCCGUGCGCUCCCCGAGUGGCCCGGCUGCUGGCGGCGGUGUCGGGCGGGGCGCUGGUGUUGGGGCCGACGCAUGUGGACCCGCCCGCCCCCGCCCCUCCCUCGCUGCUGCCCGGCCCCGGAGUGCCGCUGGACCUGCGGCGGGAGCUGAACUGCCCCAGGACCGUUCCGGAGGCCCUUCGUCCGCACCUCAUACCCAGUUGCUGCACCCAGGGCCCUGAGGAGGGGGCCGCCGCCUCCUCCUCCUCCUCCGCCACCUCCUCCGCGCCCCCUCCGCUGCCCGCCCCCCACCUGCCGACUCCCCCGGGGGUGGAGACGGCGGUGGCGGUGCGGGCGGGGGGACUGACGGCCGCCUCAUUCCCCUCGGGGUCCGCUCGGGGCGCCUUCCCGGGGUGGUAUCGAGGGGGGGCGCCGCUGGUGAUAGGGCAUGACAGGAUAUUCCGAGAUAGUUUCCGAAUGCUGCUGCCCCCGCAACAUAACAACAACAACAACCCAAACAACAACAACCCACUGAACGGAGCCGCUGCCGCUGCAGCUGCCGCUCCCAACACCGACAACCCAGCAGCUGCUGCAGCCGCCAGCCCCCCCACCUGGUCCUUCGGCGCAGCCGGCGGCUUGGUGAGCCUGGAACUCCCCUCCUCCACCUCCACCUCCACCUCCGGCAAUACGGCCCUGGAGAGCCCCGAGCGGUACAUCUCCGCGCGGGCGGCGGAGCGGGGGCCGGUGUGGGAGGCGCGCAUGGGGAUGCUCGUGGCGCAGAAGGGGGAGGCGGGAGGGCAGCGGGGGGCGGCGGCAGGAGAGGCGGGGGGAGCGGGGGUGGGAAUGGGAGGAGCAGGAGCAGCAGGAGGGCAGGCGGAGGCGGCAGCGGAUCCCUGGGGGAAUCUUCAUCCAUAUUACCCCCCCAGCUGGCCCCCUGUGGUCCUCGCCGCCUUCGACGAGGCCGCCUGCCCCCCCGGCCGCCCCCCCGGCAGCCAGGGGCCCGGCGGGGCGCUGUGCGGGCUGCUGCGGGUGGUGUGGCUGGGGCUGCAUGUGUGGGAGGUGGAGGGGGCGCUGGCCAGGAGGCUGGGGAUGGUGGUGGAGGCCAUCAUCCGGCUCCUCCUCUCCUGCGACCUGCCCCCCUACCUCCGCGCCGCCACCGCACGCCAGCUGGGACACUGGCGGCUGCAGCUCGCGGACGCCAUUGCGUACGGCAGCAAACGACCCGGCGGCGGCGGCGGCGGAGGCGGGGGGAUGCCGUACGGCAGCUCGGCGUGCGACAGCGGUUCGCUGCCGUACUUGCUGACGAGGCUGACUGCGGCGCAUGUGGCGGCGCGGGAUGGGUGGGAUGCGGGGCAUGUGGUGGCGGCACUGGGACUGCAGGAGGAGCAGGGGGUGGAGAAGGAACGCCGGAGUGGUGGCGGGGGUGGCAUCGAUGGCCGCAUGCAGCAGCACCAGCAGCAUGGAGGGGAGGUGGUGGCAGGGGCAGGUGCAGGGGCCUCGGCCGCUGCUGCUGCUGUGAAGGUGGCUGGCCAGGCUCGUCCUGACCUGCAGCCUGCGUGGAACGGUUUGCUGCCCACCAACCCGGCUGCCGCCAGAAGGCAGCAGCAGCAACAGCAGCUAGCAGCGACGGCAGCGAACGCUGUCAGCGCCGCCGCCGCCGCCGCAGUAGCAGCAGCAGGAGCAGCGGGGCGCUUGGGCGGAAUGAUGGUGAUGCCGCUAAACGCCGGAUCGGGACCCAAUGCAGCUGCCACCGCCUCCUCCUCCGUACUACCCUUUAUGCCGUACGCGCCGCCUCCUCUGCAGGGUGUGUCGCACACUGCAGGGGCGGGGGCGGUGGAGGUGGCGGAGCGGCUGCAGUGGCUGGGGCAUUGGGGGCUGCAUGGGCCUUACGUGGCGCUGGCGGUGGCGGCGGGAGAGUGGAGCAAGGCGAUCAAGAUGCUGCUGAGGCGGGGCGGAAAGUCCGAUGUGGAGCGCGCCUGCCGCCUAGCCGUGGAGCGGCUCUCCUCCCCCGCAGCCAAGGCACAGCAGGCCUGCUUCCUGAUGCACCAGGUGCUGUCGGCGGGGGCGGGAGGAGCAGGAGCAGCGGGGGCGAGGCCCUCAACCUCUGCUGCGGCUGCAGCUGCGGGGGUCACAGGAGGUCGUGGCGGCGAGGCAGCAGCAGCAGGAGCAGGAGGAGGAGGCGGUGUGGAGUCGCUGGUGGGGUCGGCGGUGUCUCAGCUGCCGCCCACCUUUGUGGCGGGGUGCUCGGGGCGCAUGUUCCUGAGUGCAGUGCGGGCGGCGAUCUGCCUGAGACCAGGCUCCUCCGAGGUGUCCCCCCUCUCCUCCUUCGAGCUCUCCUUCCUGCGCUUCAACCGCUCGCUGGACUGCCACAACCCGGCGGCGGCACUGGCGGCGGCCAUUGGGGCGGGGGCAGGAGGAGGGGCAGGAGGAGGGGCGGAAGGAGGGGCGGAAGGAGCAGGAGAGCGAGCAGGGGUAGCCAUCAUAGCAGCGGGCGGUGGUGUUGUGGAUGUGGUGGCGGGUGCGCGGGCCAGUCCCUACACCGCGCUCCUGCGGUCGGUGGUGGCGCUGGUGGCGGAGAAUCAGGAACGUGAAUGGCGGGCGGAGGAGGCCGCCCUGCGCGAUGCCGGCCUGUUGCCUACCUCCCCUGAACAAGAACAGGAAGGGGCCGCUGGUGCCGCUGGUGCUGCUGGUGCUGCUGCAGCCGGCACAUCGUCCCCCAUGCAGGUGGAUGGAGGCGCUGCAGGCGGCAGUGGCGGUGGCGGCGCCGGCCCCUCCCAACCGGCUGCUGCUGCUGCCGCAGCGGGAAGGAAUCCUCCGCUGAUGCCCCCCGGUGGGGCCGCAGCAGCAGCAGCGGCAGCAGCAGCGGCACUACCCAACGUAGCUCGUGAAUUGGGGUUGGGGGAGGAGGAGGUGGACCAUUUCGCAGCUGCCCUGGAGGGGGCGCGGCAGCUGGCGGGGGCGGAGGCGGUGAAUCUGGAGGCGGCGUUGAGGCGGGCGGCGGAGAUGCUUGCGGGGGUUAGAGGAGGCGGCGGAGGAGGAGGAGCUGGGGGGAUGCAUGGGGAGGGGUUGCAGGGGCGAGGCGGCGGAGGAGGAGUUGGCGCAGGGUGUGAUUGCGAGGCUUGCCGGAGGGAGCGGCGGGAGCGGCUGGCCGCGCAACUGCACAGCGAGAUGCCCCCGGCUGCGGUGCAGUGCGGGCGGCUGGCCCCCGAGGAGAGCUGCUUCAUGACCGACCCGCGGGAGCUGCGGGCGUUUAACAGGGUGGUGCCGCUGGUUCCCCCCCGCGGCCUCUCCCUGCGCCCCGUCCCCAGCCUGGCAGUGCAGGUGGUGAGGUCCGUGUUCCGCCCCUUCAUGGCAGCACUAGCCGGACAGGAAGAGGAGGAGGAGGAGGAAGAGCAAGCCGAGGGGCAGGAGGGGCGUGCAGGAGGUCCCAC